AUGUUCACUCGCGGACUUAUUGCUGCGUCGACUAAGACAUACGUCAGCUCUAUGCUGAAAAUGGCUCCUAAAGCCGUGGGAGCUGUGCGAAACCUUAAUAUCCAUGAAUGGCAGAGCAAGCAGCUCAUUCAAAAAUACGGAGGAAGAGCUCAGUCUGGAGAAGUGGCUUAUUCUCCUGAGCGUUCAAAGGACAUUGCUCUGCAGCUGUGGAAUCAGUUCCCUGGUUGUAAAUUUGUGGUAAAGGCUCAGGUUCUUGCCGGAGGUCGUGGAAAGGGCCACUGGGAGAACGGCAUGCAGGGAGGUGUGAAACUCGCCAAGACCCCCGAUGAAGUGUACGCCAUCGCUCAGGAGAUGAUCGGCCACAAGCUGAUCACCAAGCAGACCGGUGCGAAGGGCAUCAACUGCAACAAGGUGAUGGUGUGCGGUGCCGUGAAGAUUCUUAAAGAAUUCUACCUGGCGAUCCUGCUGGACCGCGCGAUGGGCUGCCCCAUGAUCAUCGCGACCUCGCAGGGAGGCAUGGGCAUUGAGGAAGUGGCUCAGAAGUGCCCGGAGUGCCUGUUCAAGAUCCCCAUUUCGGUGAAGAACGGUCCCACCAAGGAGCAGCUGGCCAAGCUGGCGUCCGACCUGGGUCUGCAGGGCGAUCUGGCGAAGGACUGCGCCGCGAACGUGCAGGCGCUGUACAACGUGUUCGACCGCUGCGACUGUACGAUGGUGGAGAUCAACCCGCUGGGCGUGAUCGAGACCCCCACGGACGAGCAGGUGGUCUGCUGCCUGGACGCCAAGCUGCAGUUCGAUAACGACGCGGAGUUCCGCCAGCGCGACAUCUUCGCGAUGCGCGACAAGAGCCAGGAGGACCCGCGCGACGUGCGCGCGUCGAUGGCCGGACUGAACUACAUCGGUCUGGAGGGCAACAUCGGCUGCAUGGUGAACGGAGCCGGUCUGGCCAUGGCCACCAUGGAUACCAUCAACUACUUCGGAGGUAGCGCCGCCAACUUCCUCGAUGUGGGCGGCAACGCCAAGAAGGAGCAGAUCUCCGAGGCGCUGCGCAUUCUGCGCUCGGACGCCCACGUGAAGUCCAUCCUCAUCAACAUCUUCGGAGGAAUCAUGCGAUGCGAUGUGGUCGCCCAGGGUAUCGUGGAGGCUGCCCGCGAGGCCGCGCUCGACAUCCCUCUGGUGGUGCGUCUGGAGGGAACCAACGUGGAGAAGGGAAAGCAGAUCAUCAAGGAGAGCGGACUGAACAUUAUCCCCGCCGACGAUCUCGGCGAUGCGGCCAAGAAGGCGGUGGCUUCUGUGAAGGCCUAAGUGUGUUACCGUAUAUCAAUUGCAUU